CGAGAUUCGUGGAUCUUUCGAGAUUCAAGAAUCUUUCGAGAUUCAUAAAUCUCUCGUGAUUUAUGACUCUUUCUAACCGAGAUUCAGAUUCAUUGAAUCAUUCCAAAGAUUCAUUCAGAUACAUGAAUCUGAAUCAGAUUUACCCAACACUAAAUGAGUAUCGCUUGAAUUCCUUCAUUGUUGCUAUACCACAAAUCGGUUCGUUGUCGUAUCGAGGAAGGGUCAAGGGUCUCGGAAUAGUUCCUGGACGGAACGAAGUUAGUAUAGAUUUUGAAUUGGAUGACUACAUUCAUCUCUUCCCCAGGACCGAGGUACGUUCUGGAUCCGGGUCAGCGAUAAGUUCGUAGAUAUGAUAGGACACGAAUCAGUUAAUGUACCUGUGCUCGCUUGAUAUUUUUUCCAGCAACGGUAUGGUUUUCCAACAUUUGAUCUACACACAGACAAUGGAAAAGGAGAGCCAAUGAUUGCACAUCACACAACCUCAAACAUCUUGAUCUAUGUUGACCUUGUCGGAUUUUGACAAUCGUUCCAUCGACUUUGUUUAUCAACAGAUCCUGUUUCCGGUUCCGAAUGGCGAUCGUUCCACAAGAAUUAUCAUCUAUCUGUCGGUUUUGUUUGUGCCAGGAGGAGAAACAGUUGCUUCUGAUAGCAAAAACGAUAUGUUCUUCCCUGACGAUCGAAGAUGUACGACGAUUCACUGGCAUACCGAUUCUUCCCGACGAUGUGUUGCGUUGUGCGAUAUGUUUUGAAUGCUUGGGCAGUCUGAAAAAGUCUACCGACUUCCGGUACGCAUGCAUUCGCAAUGAUGAAACCUUCCGUCGGCUGUGCGUUGGGCCAUCCUCUGUUGGCAAAAAAGAACCGGUAAAACUCGGACACAAUCCAAUGGUGCACCCUGAUGCAGAUCCGUUGGAGUUGAAAUUUGAUAUGCUCACCUAUGAACUCGUUGAAACUAAACUGUAUGACGAAGACACAAGCGUACAGAUAAUUGCCAACCAAGAUGCCAGAGAAACAGUCUCCUGCGAAGAGGUCGCGGAAGCAGAAGAGUACAACGCGCCCUACUCAGCCAACUACAUCGAGCUUGGAGAACCUUUCUCCGAUGAUACUGAUACUGACGAACCGAAACGGAAGGGGAAACCACGACGAAGAAAAGCAGACUUGAAUGGCACCCGGUCAGACGCCACCAAGCAGCCCAGUCGGACGCCAACGAUACUAGAGAAUGAAAGUGACCCAUCUUUGAAACCCAAGGCCCCGAAGCACAAGAAAGUGCUCUGCUACGUGUGUGGCAUCUGGAUUACAAAUAUCGAUGGGCAUAUCGCUAGCCACAACAAGCAGGCUAACUUUGCAUGUCCACACUGUCCUGUGAAGAUGAUCAACAAGUGCAAUUUGAUGCGCCACGUUAAACAGGUGCACGAGAAGAGGAUAAUCAUGUAUUGCGAACUGUGUGGGAAAGGGUUUACCCACAAGAAUAAUUACGUUUCGCACAUGCGCUCGCAGCAUAACAUCGGCAGAACCUACGACUGCAGUGUGUGUUUCGUCAAAUUCAGACAUCAAGGUGCACUGCGAAACCAUUUCCGAAGCGUUCAUCUCAACGAGACGUUUCCUUGCGUUACCUGUGGCAUGGUGUUUCGCACUCCCGAGAGACUGAAAAGACAUCAGCCGGUCCACUCGACGGAGCAACCGUACGUGUGCCGACAAUGCCCGAAGCGGUUUAAGUAUCGCUAUGCUAGGACAAUACAUGAGAUUACCCAUACGGGCGUUAUUUUUCGCUGCAGACACUGCGACAAAUCCUAUCGGUACAAGGCCCAGCUCAAGGUGCAUCAAAGGAAAACACAUCCGGAUAGCGAAUCAGACAGUACUGCACCGUUAGAACGAGCGACCAUCGAAGAGACGGAGCAAACAACGGAUACUCAAGCGUAGAUUUAAGAUGAGAGUCCUCGCCCCGGGAAGAAUAUGAGUAGGAGUAUUAAUCAUUUCCAAGGGGAGUACGUACAAUCAGAAGUCCUCUACGAUUACCAAAGCAAACCCAAAGCUACUUGAGCGGGGGGAAUGAUAAUGAAAAGGAAGUUGAUUGUUUCGUCCACUGUUACAACACAUUGUUCCCAUCAUCUCUCCUUUUUUAACCAUUUUUAUAGAGAUUUUGGGCGUAGUCAUUCGCCUCAAGCAAAAA